ACAAACAAAAAAAAAAAAACAACAAGAAAUGGUGGAUGAAGAUCGCACGACGUUAGCUCCGACGGAAAUUUAUGGCCGAAGCGACGAAGAACAGAACGGACCGAGAAUCUGGCGUAAGAAAACAGAGGAACCUCCAGGAAACUGUAUCGUCUACUCCUUGACGAUAUUCGUCAUCGUUUUCGCAGUUUGUCUCAUCCUCUCACUGAUUUUUCUACGGAUCUCGAAACCAGAGAUCGAAAUCGUAUCCAUAUCCACAAGAGAUCUCCGAUUCGGAGGUAAUUCAUCGAAUCCUUACUUCAACGCGACGCUAGUGAGCGAUAUCUCGAUCAGAAAUUCGAAUUUCGGAGCUUUCGAAUUUGGGGAUAGUUCGUUGCGAGUUGUUUAUGCUGAUCAUGGAGUUGUGGGAGAGACGACGAUUGGUGGGAGAAGAGUCGAGGCUCAUAAGACGGUUAGAGUAACCGGUAUUGUGGCUGAGAUCGGUUCGUUUUGGUUAUUGAAUAAGAGGGAUUUGGAUUCGGAUUUGAGGUUAGGGUUUUUGGAAUUGAGGAGUGUUGCUGAGAUUAGAGGAAUGGUUAAAGUGUUGGGAAGAAGAAGAUGGAAGGUUAGUGUGAUGAGUUGUACCAUGAGACUCAAUUUAAAAGGACGGUUUAUUCAAAAUUUGUUAUGUGAUUAGUGGUAAUUGAUCGGUUUUGUAACCCGGUUAAGAAUUUUUCUCUGUUUUUGUUCUUGUUCUUGUUGCAUUGUUUUGCGAUUUGCGAUGUCUUUGUAUAUGAAAGGAAUAUUAUCAAUGUUUUAGAAAAAUAA